AAACAAACACAAAAGCCCAAACACAACACUUUUUAAAAUUUACCAAUUUCAUCUUUCAUCUAUUUAUAUAGAUUCCGUUAAAUUUCUCACCGAUGCGCUCAAUUUUCACGAUCUGGAGCUGAAAUUCAUCGGAAAGUUUGAGCAUGUGUGACUUAUCUGGAUUACUUGCUGUAUGUCCAUAGUAGAUCUAUCGAGACAGAUAUAUCUACCUAGUUUGACAUGAAUUCACACUCGGAAGUGUUUUUGACUGAAAACAUGGAGUCCAAUGGCUUAAAUGAAGCUCUUCGUGAUGUUAAUGACCACCCAGGACCAUUGACUGAUACACUUAAUACUGGAAACAAGUCCCGUGAUCCUUUUAACUCGAUGGAUGGAUGUUUUGCUGAUGUUUCUGCUGCAGAGAUUUCUGAGUUGUUGAAAGUGAACAGUAUAGAGAAUGCGUCUACUCGGUCACUUCUCAGUGUUGCUAAGAAGAUUUUGGAUGAAAAUAUAGAAAGAAAAAAUGGAGAUAUUCCCAAUCGUGUAGCCUCUUUAUUAAAAGUUGUAAUCCAAGAGAUGGACCAAAGGUUUUUUAGGCAAGCUGAAAACUUGAGAAAGCAAAAGUGUACUUACAAGUCUCGUGAGGAGAAGCUUCAAACAAAGAUAAGAGUACUAGAAACACUUGCAACAGGGACCACAGAAGAAAAUGAGGUUGUCCUGAAUCAGCUUCAGAAAACAAAGAUGGAGAAAAUGGAAAUAGAGGAGAAAAAAAAACUUGAAGAAGAAGAUGCAGUUAGGCUACUGAAGCUCAAAGAAUCUAGUGAUAAUCAUGUCAUAACACUUCAGGAAGAACUAGAUGUGACAAAAAGGACAUAUGAGAAACAUUGCUUUCAACUGGAAAGUCAGGCGAAAGAAGCUAAAGUUGAGUUACAGAAUAAGAUAACUGAGCUUGAGUGUCUUUUAGCUGAUUCAAGGAAGAAGGUGGAAGAGCAUCAGGCCUCGACACAAUCAAAAUAUAGGAGAUGGAAAAGGAAAGAACUUGGAUAUAAGAGAUUCCUAGAUUUGAACUCUGGAUCCCUGCAGGAUUUAAGGAUGCUUUCCAACUCCUUAAAGCAAGAAAUUCUGAAGAUACGAAAUUUUCAUAUGGAGGAACUCAAUGACUUAGGAUUGAAGCUUACAAGCCUGGUUGAGGCUGCUCAGAAUUAUCAUGUGGUUCUAGAAGAAAACAGGAAGUUGUACAAUGAAGUCCAAGAUUUGAAAGGAAAUAUUAGAGUUUAUUGUAGGAUCAGACCAUUUCUUUCGGGACAAAGUCGGAAACUAACCACCAUUGAGUACAUGGGCGAGAAUGGUGAUUUGGUGGUAAAAAAUCCAUCAAAACUGGGAAAGACCAGUCACAGGCUUUUCAAGUUCAAUAAAGUCUUUGGUCCUACGGCAAGUCAAGAGGAGGUUUUUCUAGACACCCAACAAUUAAUUCGGUCGGUUCUGGAUGGAUACAACGUUUGUAUAUUUGCAUACGGCCAAACAGGUUCUGGAAAGACUUACACAAUGACAGGACCAAAUUUAUCAUCCAAAGUGGACUGGGGAGUCAACUAUCGUGCCCUGAAUGACCUCUUUCAUCUGUCACAGAGCAGAAAAAGUUCAAUCACCUACGAUGUUAGUGUCCAGAUGGUCGAGAUAUACAAUGAACAAGUGCGCGAUUUAUUAACGGGAAACAGUCAACAGAAAAAUCUAGGAAUUUGGAAUUCUACUCAACCAAAUGGUUUGGCGGUGCCUGAUGCUAGCAUGCACCCCGUGAAAUCAACGUCGGAUGUCUUGGAACUAAUGAAUAUUGGAUUAAUGAAUAGGGCUGUUGGUGCUACAGCCCUAAAUGAAAGAAGUAGCCGAUCUCAUAGUGUUCUUAGUGUUCAUGUUCGAGGUAUGGAUUUGAAGACCAAUACAAUUCUGCGUGGCAAUUUGCAUCUGGUAGAUCUUGCUGGGAGUGAAAGAGUAGAUCGCUCUGAAGCCACUGGGGACAGGCUACGUGAGGCGCAACAUAUAAAUAAAUCAUUAUCUGCCCUAGGUGAUGUGAUAUUUGCUUUGGCACAAAAAAGUCCACACGUGCCAUACCGAAACAGCAAAUUAACUCAAGUUCUUCAAAGCUCUUUGGGUGGCCAGGCAAAGACACUUAUGUUUGUACAGCUCAAUCCAGAUGUUGAAUCCUAUGCUGAAACCAUCAGUACACUGAAGUUUGCUGAGAGAGUGUCAGGUGUUGAGUUAGGUGCAGCUCAGAGCAACAAAGAGGGAAGGGGUGUAAGAGAACUUAUGGAGCAGGUUGCAAUUUUGAAGGACGCAGUUGCAAGUAAGGAUGAGGAGAUUAGCCUUCUACUGGCUAAGACUAACUUAAGUGCUGAGAAACGUGCUUUGAGCUUACCUAGUUAUGGGUCUUCCUCUCCCAGAAGACACUCCAUAGGCAGUCCAAGGUCAAACAGAAGAAUAUCAGGUUGUAGAAGUCCCAAAGUUUUUGGAAAAGCAGCUUCAGAUAUUGAAAAGAGUUCAGAGGACAGUGAUAAGCAUUCUGAAGCUGAAUCCCGGCUUUCAGAUGACUUGAGACACAACAAGGAGUUUUCCCAGCUAUCACGACCUGCUGCUAUAGACGCUACUCUAGGUCUUACUGAAGAAGUUGUAUCAAGAAUACCUUCAGUACAUAAACGUCAUAAUUCUAAUGAUGAUUUUGAACUCCUUGGAUUUGGGGAUGCAGAGUCCGAGGGGAGACUAAGUGAUAUAUCAGAUGGUGUUCUCUCCAUGGCAACAGAAACUGAUGGUUCAAUUGCCAGUAUUGUAGAAUAUACUCUAUUUCCAGAAGCUUCACUAUCAACAUCGGAGGUUAUAACAGAAAGCACAAUACCAGCAGCUGAGAGCACAAAGCCACCGGUGGAGAAGUCCAGUGUGUCAGCUAGAGUUCCAAGACCUGCGCAAAAGCCAUCACAAGGAUCUUCUCGCAUGUCAUCAUCUAGAAGCUCCACAAAAGUCUUGCCAAGUUCUAAAAAACCAGCAACGGGCAGUUCCUCUAUAGUCAAGUCAAACAGCGCAUCCUCUUUACUCAAGUCCGGCAGGCGGCGUUUAUGAAGCAAGAUAGGCGUUUGAGGGCCGAGUAGCUCCCUGUGUCGGCUUUCAGUCCUCCUGAAAGCAUGAAAACAUCGGUGAAACUUAUGUCAAAUUAACAUUGGUAGUGUAGUACUAUUACUAGCCAAGUGUCUGGAAAUGCAAGUGAAAAGUAGAUUAUUUAUUGUAUAUCAAGGUGGUUGUAGUUGCCAAUUUAGACAUCAUUUUCUCUUUGUAGACUAUAUACAGCAAGCUUAGAAGAUGUUGAAUUGCUGGUGCAAUGUGGACACAGAGGUUUGUUAUUAUAUUUAUUAUUAAAAAAUC